AUACCAUGCAACCAACAACUCCAUCCCGCAACAACACUCCCCAUCCCUCAACACAAUGAGUGCCCUCUACAAUUCCGCCCUGCGGCAAUCAAAAUCCAUCCGUGCCGACCUCGACAUCCUCAGUUCCCAACCCUCCUCCUCCGCCGCUCUCCAAGGCCAACUCACCGCAGCCAUAACCUCCUUCUCCCGCACUCUAGACGACUACCAACGCAGCAUAAACGACGAACUCGUCCCUGACAAAGCCACCAAAGGCCAAGAACGACUGACGAAUUUCCGCUCCGAACUCCUCGACUUUCGCUCUCGAUUCGCAGAACUCAAACACACCCAGCAGGAACAAGCAUAUGCGCAGAAUCGAUCGGAACUACUCGGGCGGAGACCGCACGCUGCGAAUACACCGGAAAACCCAUAUGCUGAUGCUGCGAUUGCGAGUGGCGCGGGACACGGCGAAAAUGUGAAUCCGCUGUUUCGCACGAGUAAUCCGAAUUUCGUGCCGGGACAGCAGGGGAAUAGCUACUCGGCAUACUCGUCGCCGUAUGGACUGGGAGCGGAUGAAGCGAGGGAGAGCCAUGCGUUGAGAGAGAACUCGUUCUUUGGAAGCGCAAAUCAGACGCUGGAUGAAUACUUGGAGCGAGGGAGGGCGGUGUUGGGAGACUUGGGAGAUCAGAGGGAGAUGUUGAAGGGAACACAGAAGAAGUUGUAUUCCAUUGGGAGCACGCUGGGAAUUUCGGGAGACACGAUAAGGAUGGUGGAGAGGAGAGCGAAGCAGGACAAGUCGAUAUUCUGGGGUGGUGUGGUGGUCUUCAUCAUUUUCGUGUACUUUGUGUUGAAGUGGUUACGAUGAAUGCGAUGAGAAUGCUGGGACGGUUGAUGGUUU